AUGAAAUCGGUGGUGUUAUUAGCUCUCAUCGCUGCUUGCUGGGCAGCCCCUCAGCAGAACCCCCAGGAAGUGCAGAUUCUCCGUCAGGAGUCCGACAACUCUGGGUUGGGCGGAUACCAAUUCGUAUACGAGUUAUCUGAUGGAAGCAAGCACGAAGAGCAAGGAGAGCUAAAGAACCAAGGCACCGAGAAUGAGGCCAUCGCAGUCCGUGGGCAGUACUCCUGGGUAGGCCCUGACGGUGUGACGUACGUCGUGUCAUACGUCGCCGACGAAAAUGGCUUCCAGCCAACCAUCGAGCAAGGGCCCGGCGGAGCAGUCCCCCCAGGCGUCGUCGCCUCCCUUUUGGGCUAAAUGUUUAAGUCAAUAAACUGUUUUAACAGUUCUGUACAUAGCGCCAAUUAUGAAGCUGUAUAUAAUAUUUAUGUACUGAUUCAAUAGGUUAAAUAAUAAUAAAGUAUUAUAAAU